GUUUAGUUGUCUGCUUGUAUAAUUUUUCCCAGUAAAGCCUUUCAGAUUUUUUUUCUUUUUAUUUUGUUUAUCAAUUAUUUGUGUUGUUUGGCAGGACUUUUUAUAGGUUUAUUCUUUUUUCCCUCUUUUCUUCAUUUCUAGUACUUCGGAUACUAACACACACACACACACACACACACACACACACACACACACACACACACACACACACUAAUACUUGCAUGAGCUCCUGCAGGUAACGCACACAGCCUCGCCACACACACAGGAACACGUACCUGCAAGGUGAGAAUUUAACUACAGAUUGUGUAUCCAACCACCACCACCACCACCACCACCACCACUACCACCACUACCAGUAAGUCAGGAACAUAACUUGACUUGCUCUCAACUUCCUCCCUCACGUUUCCUGGGGAAGCGAGGUGAGUGGCGAGGCAGCGCCCAUCGUCAAGAGGUGAGGCAGGCCGUGCGGCACGCCUCUGAGGGUGCCUGGCUCACACACCGCGGCCACGGGGCAGAUCAAACAUUCCCAAGCUGUCUCAAAUAAAAAAAAUCCUUUGGUGUUUUAUUAUCGAUGAUUUUAUUUAUCUGUUUAUUCUUUUUAACUUACAAAUACUUGAUUAUUAUUUUUGUAUUGGCGGCAAGACACGCAUGUUACAAGAUGGUGUUCAAGACUGUCCUGCUGGGGAUGGGAAGGACAGCCCGGAGGGAAGAGCAGCUGGGCGUGGCGCGCAGGGUGCUGCGGCAGAUGGGCGUGACCAAAUUCCCUGACGGCAUGCUGACCCGCGCCCUGCAGAACGCCCCCGUGCUGGGCAGCGGCAGCUUCGGCACGUGCCACAGGGUGCAGGUGUACGCCGCCUCGCGCCCCGUGCACGCCGCCGCCAAGGUGUUCCACGGGGGCCACGUGCGGCACGCGCUGCGCGAGGCUUCCGCCUACAGCAGGCUGGCUGACGUGCCCGGCGUGCCGCGCCUGCUGGGUGUGAGUGUAGCGCCGCUGUGCGUGGUCACUACUCUGCACGGCCCCGAAACCCUGCUAGACGCGGCCCUGCGCGCCGGCACGCCCGCGGCGGAGCUGCUGGGCGCGCUGCACCAGCUGGCGGGCACCGUGCUGGCCGUGCACGAGCGGCGCCUGGUGCACAACGAUCUGAAGUUCGACAACGUGCUGGUGAGCAGAGCGAAGCGUACCGGCGCCCUCACCGCCACGCUGAUAGACCUGGGCUCCGUGCAGCACGUGGGGGCACGCCCCUACCGUGGCAGGAGCCUCUGCCCCCACCAGUACCCCUACCUCGCCCCCGAGGUGCUCGCCGGCGGCCCGGUGUCCCCAGGCAGCGACGCCUUCUCCUUGGGAUGGAUGCUGAGCGGCGUGGUGGCGAUGCUGCCCUCGUCCAGCACGCUGGCGCGCGGCAGGGCGCUGGCGCGACAGUGUAUGCACCCUGACCCCGCCCAGCGGCUCUCCGUCACCUCCCUCAGGGACGCCAUCGGCAGUCUCUUCCUCAGCACCUCGUGACAGGUCACUAAGUACGUCUUCUCAUCACAGCGUCCGUCACACACAGCGCCCUCACGCCCACACAGCAGCCCGGCUCUCGCCGCGACCUUCACACCAGCCGUGCACUCAGUACUCACCCACGCCAAGCAGCAAAAUCGCGACCCUCGUGCCCGGCGCACUGGCGUCAUCCACUGCGUGACUGCAGCAACCAUCGCGACACUCGUGAUAUUUCACCGUGACACCCAAGGCCAUACAAGCACCUGCUGGCGCCGGCCUGCAGCACCACAGGCCAGAAGGGAACCUGCCAGCCUGGGCUUUGGCGCACCCCGUGAUCUCCAGGUAUUUACUACAAAGAACUGAAGAGCAACAUAGAGCAUCUCAGGAGCUGCCUCGUGUAGGUCAAGCACCCUUUUCUAGUCUUCUUAUCUUAUUUUUCCCAUCUCCUCGUGU